CUCGUCUGUACAGUCAGGAGGAGCUGGCCAGCACCUGGACGAUGGAAGUCCAAUAAGACCCGCUGGUAGACAAGGCAGAGACGGGCUGGUAGGCCAGCCACCGGGGCGCACAUGAUGGAUCCUACAGCCUGUCCCAUGGUUUUAGCAUUCGUGGAAAAGUGGAGCGACUGAGUGCUACAAUCAAUGAACGCUAGAGUGCAGGCGGCCUAUCAGCUCAGAGAGCCAGAGAGAUGCCCUGUGGACCGUUUCUCUAACAUGAAGCGUGCUCAGUCAAUUUGACUCACUUCAGCCCGGCUGCUGUGCCCGCCUUUCCACAAGCGUUUCCAUCCUGCUCGACAGGGACAGACACGAGGCUUCACCAGAGCUUCUCCGCCACCGCCAGACACAGAUCCGGUGCCGCUCUUCCACUGAAGAACAGCUUCAUCCCCUCCAAGCUUUAGCUGCCACUCAGGGGAGAGGCAUCGGGCACCAGUCAGGCUCUGCAUCUCGGAUCAAAUAGCUACUCGCCAGACAAACCGAAAAAAUACACUGGUGGAAAACACUCUGGAACCCCAGGGGAGAGGUCCCAUCACUUCCUGAACAGGACUUUGAGCUGAAGAUUCAACGCUGCCACCUGGGUCCCGACAGAUCCCAUCAUGCCUCACUCCUUCCAGAUGAAAAAAGCUUCACACAACAAGAAUCUCCUCAUGCGCUCAAAGGACGCAGAAAACAAAGCCCAGCAAAUGCUCCUCCUGUGCCAAGGAGUGAACGGGGUGAGAAAAGACGGGGAAUCUGUGGUUUGGAAUCACCACAAGCCAGGUUUCCAAGAACUUGAGAAAAUGGCUUGCGCAGCAGACAGCUGCAUACAGUUCACACGCCAUGCAAGUGAUGUCCUGCUCAACCUGAAUCGGCUGCGCAGCAGAGAUAUUCUCACAGAUGUCACCAUCUUGGUCAACAGACAGCAGUUUCGUGCACACAAGACUGUCCUCAUGGCUUGCAGUGGGUUGUUUUACUCUAUCUUCACCGACUCCCACAAGUGCAACCUUAAUGCCAUCAGUCUGGACCCAAAGGUGGAUCCAGAAGGCUUCGCCAUCCUGCUGGAGUUUAUGUACACAUCCCGACUUACACUAAAGGAAAGUCUGAUUAUGGCUAUCAUGAAUACGGCUAUUUAUUUGCAGAUGGACCAUGUUGUGGACACCUGUCACAGAUUUAUCAAAUCCAGUGAUCCGACAGCCAAGCUGCCUAGAGACGAGUUUUUGGUCAGUCCCUUGGUUUUACCUCAGGAUGUCCACGCUUACCGUCCUCAUGAUGUUGUUGAGAGUUUGCACAGCCGCAUGGCUCCGUUCAGGGAUGGAAGGCCCUACGGCCCCAACAUGUUCAGCGGGGUCAGCAGCCCCAGCAACUACCAUCUCUACGGGCAGUUUCCCAUGCCAGGAUUCCCUUUCCCCCUCUGCAAACUGACUGAUACCAAAAAUGCUUUUCCUGACCUCUCAAAGAGUGGUAUCCACCACAAGCACUGUUCUCCACAUGACAGCAGCAACGCCAUUAGGGCAGAAUACACCAGGGCUCUUGGCACUAGCUCCUCCAGCAUUGUUCACUCAACCACCUACGCCUCCAGGGAGGUGGUGAGAGAUGAGAUGAGGAAGGAGGGCCACGAGGAUGUUGGCCAGUCUAUUGGUUUCAGCUCUAGGAAGCGCGUGUUUCCCGUGUUGACCCUGGAGCAUCAGAAAGACUCAAGCAAAGAGCACACUCCUCAGGUGGAGGAGGACCUCAUCCAUCAGCACUACCCUCUGGGAAUCUCCUCCGCUGGGCGGAAGAGUCUGGUGAGCAGCCCGCAGAGCCCCCUAAAAUCAGACUGCCAGCCCAACUCCCCGACGGAGUCCAGCAGCAGCAAGAAUGCCAGCCUCUCCCAAGCCAGCGGAGCACAAGCCCCGCAGGGCACGUCAGACCCCAAGGCUCGCAACUGGAAGAAGUACAAGUUCAUCGUGCUGAACCAGAGCGCGAAAGAAGAGGAUCCGGGGCUUCGCUCUCCUCAGCGGCUCGGCCUGCAGCCCUACCUUCACCCCAGCGACUCGGAGAGCCUCGACCCUCAAACCACAAGCAAGAGCAGCGACUACAGCGAGGAUCUACCUGCGCCGCAGGCCAGUCGACUCAACAACAUCAUCAACGGUGGACUCGAGGCGUCUUUGAGGAACGGAGAUGGCCAUCCUCAACUCUACCUGAACCGCCUCAGCUGCUCGACUUGCAGCUCCCAGUCACCACAGCACUCCGAGGUCUGUCCCAACACCUCCAGGUCCCGCCUCUCAGAAGACAUGGCAGAGCUUCACUCAGAAUAUUCAGACUCCAGCUGUGAAAACGGUACAUUCUUCUGUAACGAAUGUGACUCCAAGUUCGCCGAGGAUGAAGCUCUGAAGCAGCACAUGCUUCAGGUACACAGCGACAAGCCAUACAAGUGUGACCGCUGUCAGGCUGCAUUUAGGUACAAGGGCAACCUCGCCAGCCACAAAACCGUCCACACAGGAGAGAAACCAUAUCGCUGUAAUAUCUGUGGUGCUCAGUUUAACAGACCAGCUAACCUCAAGACUCACACUCGCAUCCACUCAGGAGAGAAGCCAUACAAAUGUGAGACAUGUGGAGCUCGUUUUGUACAGGUGGCUCAUCUUCGUGCUCAUGUGUUGAUCCACACGGGUGAGAAGCCAUACCCAUGUGAGAUCUGUGGGACACGCUUCCGUCACCUGCAGACGCUAAAGAGCCACCUGCGCAUCCACACGGGAGAGAAGCCCUACCAUUGUGAAAAAUGCAACUUGCACUUCCGCCACAAGAGUCAGCUCCGGCUUCACCUGCGACAGAAGCACGGCGCCAUCACCAACACAAAGGUCCAAUACCGCAUGUCCACGGCAGACAUGCCCACUGACUUGACUAAAGCAUGCUGAGCUACAUGAGGGAAACGUUUUAUGGAGGCAAUCUUGACCAUGGCAUUUAUAGACCCCCAAGCCCCCUUCAAAAAAACAAAAACAAAACAAAAAAAACUUGUACAAUCAUCCAAAAUUGUAGUGCCACACUGUGUUCAUUAGACAAUUUAAAUUGGCUGUGUACGCCAUUCUGAACGGGUUUCCACUACAUGUGAACGUAGAGCCUCUGACGGCAUCUUAGUCACUUUAUUGUUUAUAUAUAGACAGGAAUAUAUAUAUAUAUGUACGGUGGGAGUGUUUUUAGGAUUUGAGGGUACGUAUAUAAAGCUUUAUUUUGCUCAGAAAGAUGGAAUGUAAACAAUGUGUUUUUUUUUUUAAAUACAGUAUUUUAUAUAAGAGAACUACUUUUUCUGAAAGUAUUGCAAAUUUUGAUUGACGAGUGGUACAUAUAUUUUAAGAUAACGGGCUUUGUGGUUGUAUAAAGUUGUCAAUACGUUUUUAUGAUGAUGUACAGACAUGUUGCUUCCAGUCAAGUUGCCAUUCACAUGAAAUUAGGACAAAAACAAACAGAAAAACGGGACAUUGUAAUUGGAUUUGCUCUAAAAACAUAUCAGGUGACUGUUGCUGUCCGAUGAAGAUAUGCAUGAGGUUCUCUAACCGAAGUGGGCGACUACAUAAAUAUUGUGACAUAUUGUGUUAUUCUCUGUGGGAUUGCUCUCUGCUGGCAGAGCCAAUCUUAAGUGUUGACCUGCAUCUCAAGGUACGGCUUUGUAACAACCAAGACAACCUUUUUCUUUUGCUUCGGAUGUGUUUGUAUAGAUGUGACUUUUUGGUUUUUGUUCAUUUGUUUUUCAUAAGUGAAAGUUUACAGUUUUUGCUCUUUGUUCUUGACCCUACAGUAAAGUUGUGUCAGUGUUAAGUUUUUUUUUUUUUGUUUGUAGAUACACUGUGUAUUCAAUGUGCCUUUCUCUAUGGUGACUGAAUUCCUCUCCAUUCAGUCCAGCUUCUAUUAAGGUACAACUCAAGGACGCCACUCGUCCUAGAUUCCUGUGUAUGUAUGAGUGUGUGUGUGUAUAUGUAUUUCUAAAUGCUUGUCAGUAACCUUACAACAUGCAACUUUAUCAUUGUAUAUUUACAAGACAUGUUUUUUUGAAUUGGGCUUUUUUUAAAACCGCAUUAAAGUAAUUGUACGUUAUAAAUGUAUGAAUGUAAAAUAAAAGUUCUGGAUUUCUA